UAUAUGGAAUGACAGCAAAGCAUAAGCAACAAGGAUGGGAAACAAAGAGAGUAGAUCUGCUGCUACUAGAGAUUUUUUCUCAUCAAUUGAUCCUGAGAGACAAGCCAGACAACCUCUUUGCCAAUCAGAUGGGAAUUCAUCAGAAGGCAGUUAUAGUUCAGUAAAGGAGGAAACGCCCGAAGAUUUACUACGAAACUCAUGGUCACCUGAAGGCACACCUGUCAGUAGCAUCACUGCUUUAAAUGAAAACAAUGAAGAAGAAAAUGACGAUGAUGAUCAGGAGCAAAAUGACGAACACGUUCCUGCUCCUGCUGCCAGAUGUAAUAUUGUAAGACUGGAAGAAAAUGAAGAGUAUCCAAUCAAAAGGCACUGUUUCCGUGACUGCACUAAAAAAUUUUUUAGAAAUCGAAAGAAAUGUGCAAUGGUUCCUUUAACUUUAGCUUUCAUUUUUAUGGGAAUCUUUAUUGUGUGCAUAUUACGCAUCACAGAAAUGUGUAUUCAGCUUCAUGAAGAUGAUGGUAGUUAUACACUGAAUCUGUCCAUUCCUGUUGAAAGUGUGGUAGAUGUGGAUCUUAUAAGUUUAAUGAAUAAUCAUACAAUGCACCCAAACAAGAUCAAAGUCACAGUGCCUGAUGCAAGUAGCCUCGUACGAGUUGCCAUAGCUGAUAAUGAUAAUCAACAAGUUGCCAUGGCUGAUGAAGGUGAUCAAAUUUCUUUCCCAUUGAACAUUAAUAUUACUUUGGAGAAAGGUCAAAAUAAAUCAAUACUACGCUAUUGGAAUUUGAAUUCUGGUCAAAAACCAGAAGGCAAUAUAACACUUUAUCAUGAACAUGCACACAAUGUAACCUACGGAUACAAAUGGGGCAGUAUAAAAGAUCCUCCUCCAUAUGGCAACUGUUAUGAUCAUAAGAGUGAUUUGAGUAGCACUAGUAGUAUAAUUGACAUACCAACACAAUUCGAAGACAGUGAAAAAAAAGAUAAAAAUAUCAUACACAUACACUUCUGCUAUGACAGUAAAGAAGAUACAGGAGUGAAUUCACCAGCUAUUAUUGGUAUUAAUGUUACCGAACAUUAUGUCAAGCCCAAGAAUGUGUCGUAUAAAUAUAUCUGCACUGAUGAUACAGACAAUCACAACUCAGCAGUUCUUCCAUAUCAAAGUCUUAAGUUAGGGCGCUACAAUCCAUCCAAUCCACAAUUAUAUGUCAAUACUCACUAUAGAAAUACCGAUGAUGACUGCAGUGAAAUGAUUAAACUGAAAAUUGAGCCUGAUUCAAGUAAAGAUGCUAUGGAGAUAAUAGAAAUAGUUGCAUUAGUAAUAACUGCUAUCCUAUCACUCCUUCUAUCCCUCAUGAUGUUUGGAAUUGGGAUCCGCUGCUGCUGCUGCCAUAUUAAAACAGGUUUUUGUGCUUUGGGACUAUUCUAUGAAGAACAAUAACAUUACUUGGUCCAAUGCAUUAAUUGUACUUAAUUGUUGCACUCCUGCUUUUAUUAUUGCUUGCAAUUUUUAAUUGCUACAA